CUGCUCUGUUUCCCGGGCAGCCAGUGAAGCGCAGUCCCGCAGCAUUGCGUUUGAUUACUGCACAACUAAAUGGCGGAUGAGGACAAGGGGCUGUAGCUUGAACAAUAACACCUCACUUUCCCAGCGAAGCGCUUCUCAAUCGUCUCAGUUGUCCGAUGCAGAUCCCACAUGCAUAGCGUGCAGUCGUUCAUAUGUGGCUCUAGUAAUUCACUGGUUUAGUUCAGGCACGAUUGAUCGCGGGUUUUAGCAGCGCUCCGGAGGAAGUCGGUCUCUUGAUGGUGGUUGUGAUAUGGGGGACUCGCUCGGUCUGAUCGGGAAGCGGCUGCUGCUGCUGCUCGGUGACGGGAGCCGCGCGGCGGGAGGAGCGGUGGAGAAGGCGGACUGGAUCCGCGGAACCGUGCGGGCGGUCAGUGUGAUCGGGCUGGCGAGCCCCGGGACGGAGGUGUUUGUGGAGUUUGACGACAGCCCUUGGCGGCAGCGCUCAUGGGUGCAGGUGUACGGGGACGAGGUGCGAGCCGUUCUCAUGGAGAGUGCCAUCGUCUGGGCCAGCUGCAGCGAUCCAUCGCUCUCCGCUGCGCCUCAGUGGCCAGCCUUGAUGUUUAAACCUCUGGUUGACCGUGUGGGUUUGGGAUCCCUGGUUCCUGUGGAGUUCUUUGGCGCAAGAACUUUGGCAUUUCUCCCUAACGGAAGUGCACUGCACACUUUUGAGACCGAAAAAGAUUUUGGACACUCUCUGCUACAAGAGCAGCCGGCGCUUCAAGCUGCCAUCAGCCGCUGGCACAGUGACUCGGAGUUGCAGGAGAUCCUGCGGAAAGGAUCCUGCACUAUUCGGGGUCAGAGAGUGCAGGUGUACCAGCCUGAGUUUGGGGAGCCCUGGGCCUUGGGACUCGUAUCUCAACACGAUCUAGUUUCACACAUUAUGGAGAUUAUCAUGGACCAGGGUGAAGAGACACAAGUCGUCGAUCCUCGUGUUAUUCACGUGAUGCUUGCUAUGGAGCAGUCAGAGAAGAGCCCAGAUCGACGCAAGAAGGAGGGCGAUGGUGGGAAAGGUGAGGGCAGUCGGCGGCGCCGGACAACAUCUGAAGGAGAUGAAGACAUUACUCUGAAACGUUUCAAAGGAGCCGGAGAGGGCGCUUCUGACAACCAGAAUGGCAGUGGCUCUAACACGGACGCUGAGGCUAUGGUAACAUGUGUAGAGAUGCCGGGAGAGGGAAGAGAUGGAGGGGGUGGCGUAGGUGGGAGGGUGACGAGCACCUGUAGUCCAGUAGCUUUGCCAAGUCCAGACUCCUCUAACAACAGCAAUUCCUCUCAGCAGGAGCACUCCCACAUAAGGAGCACAGGUUUUGUCAAGGAGAAUGGCAGUUUUGUCCCAAACCAAGAAAGGAUAUCCUCUUCAGUAUCAGCGGUGCUUCCUGCGUCCACUCCAACACCACCUCCAUUGAAGCCUGCUCCAUCGCCCUUCUCUAACACUUUUCCAUCUUUGGGUCAAAUGCCCAGCUUGGUGCCCGGGGCCCCUGCCCCGAAAUCCUCUCCCACACUCCCGGCAGCUGAGAGGGAGGAGGAAGGUGUCUUUUCAGGGUAUCCUAAAACAGCUGCUCUGGUGUCUCCAGGUCCUGUGACCAUUUCAUCACCUUCCCAAGACAGCGCUUCAAGUGUGGCCCUUUCUGCUCCUGUAGAAGCAAACAAAAAGCCCAGUAAAUGGGGAUCUGCUCCAGAAGCAAGCCAGACCCCCAAGACCCCUGCUCUAGCUGCUGCAGGAUUUGGUAAACAGUCAAGUGAGCCAGUGUUUGGAGAAGAUCCCACACAGGCCAAUGGUUCUUCCCAGGAGGACAAGCCUUUUGGCUUUCCUUUUGGAGCUGCGAAGGAGUCUCAGAGGCAGGGCUCUGAUCCCUCACAGAACCUGUUCUUCCAAAUCAUGUCUCAGAACCAGAGCAUCACACAAGGCCAGUCAAAGGCCUUCACGUCCUUGUCCGAGUGCCUGAACAAGGAGCCGCCCAGCCUGUUCAAGCCUGCCGCUCCCUCCGAGGGUUUCAAAAAGGUGGUUGCAGCUUCUGCAUCCGCUGGACUGUUUGGUUUAGCAGCUGCUAGUGGCCUGGCACCAAUGAAAGAGCUGCCAAAAGUGCCUGAUAUCAAGCCUGCAGGCAAUGGGAUCAUAAUGAACAAGCCUUUCGGAGCCAUGGGGGAGGCUUUUCCCUCAGCCACAGGUCAAGCUGCGAGCUCUGCAGAGCCUCUGAAUCCCUCUUUGGGAUUAGGAACCAGCAGACUUGGAAGUGCCAGAAAUGUUAACAGCUCAAAUCCAGUCAGCGGUUUUGGUCUGCUGGCUAGCAACAAGGUUCCGGAAACUCAUGAGAACCUUUUCCUACAGGCCACGAAGGAAACAAAUCCAUUUCUUGCUUAUGGCGGAGCUGUUUCACACAGCCCUUUUAGUGCAUUGUCAACCCCGAAGUCUGCGCUGUCCGCAUCUGCUGUCUCUCCUUCAGGCAGCUCUGGUCUACUUAGUCAAGAUCCUCCUGGUGGUGAUGCCAAACCAAAUUUCUUCACCAUGGCAGAACCUCCUAAGGGAAUCUUAGCCCCCCAGUUCCCUGCUCCUGCCCUCACGACCACUCCGUCAUUCACUUCGGUUGCCCAGGAUGGACAACAAAUGUCCAAAUCAAGCAAAGAGGGUUCAGAUGACAGCCCGGGAACCCGCCUCAGCACCGAAGGCCAAGAUGUGGCUAUGCCUUUUGACCAAACCAAGUUUGCUUUGGAGGAACGCAGUCAGUCCACCAAAAGAGAUUCCGAGUCCAGUAGCAACAGUGACCUGUCUGAUUUGAGCGAGGGGGAGGACAACUCCGGCCAGAGCCAGAAACCUGGGGUUUCUUCAGCCACUGAGGAUAAGAGCAAGACCCAGUCUGUGGCUAAGAGCCGGCCACGGAGCAAACCCUUCAAAGUGGGACAGUCCGUGUUGAAGGACCAGAAUAAGGUUCGGCGCUUAAAGCAGUCCGGAGAGUCCUUUCUACAAGACGGCUCCUGCAUUAACGUGGCGCCCCACUUGCACAAAUGCCGCGAGUGCCGCCUGGAGCGCUACAGGAAAUCCCGCGAGGACUCAGAUGAUGAUGACCCAAACGUGGCCUGCCGAUUCUUCCACUUCCGCAGGCUGGCUUUCACUAAGAAGGGAGUCCUUCGCGUGGAGGGCUUUCUGAGCCCGCAGCAGAGUGACAGCAUGGCGAUGGGGCUGUGGCUCCCCUCCCUCACAGCACAGGAAGGACUUGACCUGGACACGUCCAAAUAUAUUUUAGCAAAUGUGGGUGACCAGUUUUGUCAACUGGUCAUGUCAGAAAAAGAGGCCAUGAUGAUGAUAGAGCCCCAUCAAAAAGUGGCAUGGAAGAGAGCUGUGAGGGGAGUGAGAGAAAUGUGCGACGUGUGUGAGACAACACUGUUCAACAUCCACUGGGUGUGUCGCAAAUGCGGCUUCGGCGUUUGUCUCGACUGCUACCGGCUACGCAAGAACAGGCCACCUGAAGUAGACGAGAGUCCUGAAGAAGAGGUGUUCUCAUGGCUGAAGUGUGCUAAAGGCCAGCCACACGAACCACAGAACCUCAUGCCCACUCAAAUUAUACCUGGCACCGCCUUAUACAGCAUAGGUGACAUGGUACACGCAGCCAGAGGUAAAUGGGGGAUCAAAGCGAACUGCCCCUGCACUAGUCGACAUAACAAACCCUUGGUCCGGCCCAGUGCUCCAAACGGCCUUUCACAGGCAAGAUAUCUCCAAAACAUUACAACUGAAAGUAGAAUUCCAUCUAUAGUGCUCUUCGAUCUGUUCUCAUCGUUUGUCUCGUGUUUGGUGCAGUCUGGUGCAGCUAACAGUGUGGGGAAUGGAGCCACUUCCACUUCAGGCACAACCCGUCCGAACGGGGACCCUGCAGCGGGUGCAGUAGUCAAAACAGAGCCUGUUGAAGAGGCGGGCAGUGCUGACACAAUGUCAGGCACCAGUGGGACAAACAGCAGCACUUCUAGCCCUGCUCCUGCCCCGACACCAGCUGCUAAAGAUGGCAAGGGCAGUUCCUCGGCCCUUCACUGGCUGGCUGACCUGGCCACACAAAAGGAGCCCAAAGAGUCUCUGCGCUCCGUGAUGGGUCGAGACUCUCGUGCUCCAUUUGGUCUGGACUCCUUCGGUACCCUUUCCAAACCCUCAGGGGCUAGUCCCAAGCUCUUCAACAGUCUGCUGCUGGGCGCUGGCCCUUCCCAACCCAAAGCAGAGGGCACUAGUCUCCGAGAUCUGCUGAACUCUGGCCCCGGAAAGCUCCCGCAAGGUCCCGCCGAGGGAGGUGUUCCCUUCCCUUCAGUGUUCUCCACUGCUGGUCAGGCUGAUAAAAUGAAGGGAGGACUUCCUAACUUCUUGGAUCAUAUCAUUGCAUCAGUGGUGGAGACGAAGAAGGCAGAGAGUCGCCGCUCUUCAGGGGCAGCAGAAGGCGGCGAGUCUGGGGCCGUUCCUCGCAGAGAGGGCUUGAUGGGUCUCAGUGUAUUAGACCCUCACACUUCCCACUCCUGGCUGUGCGAUGGCCGAUUGCUCUGCCUGCAGGACCCCAGCAACAGCAACAACUGGAAGAUCUUCAGAGAGUGCUGGAAACAAGGACAGCCUGUGCUGGUCUCAGGCAUACACAAGAAGCUGAAGGAACACCUAUGGAAGCCAGAGUCCUUUAGCAAGGAGUUUGGAGACCAGGAUGUGGACCUGGUCAACUGUAGGAACUGCGCCAUCAUCUCUGAUGUCAAAGUCAGAGACUUCUGGGAUGGUUUCCAGGUUAUUUCCAAGCGGUUGCAGGGUGGAGAUGGCCAACCUAUGGUACUGAAACUGAAAGACUGGCCUCCUGGAGAAGAUUUCAGAGAUAUGAUGCCCACUCGGUUUGAUGAUCUCAUGGUGAACCUUCCUCUGCCGGAGUACACAAAGAGAGAUGGCCGCCUCAACUUGGCCUCUCGUCUUCCAAACUUCUUUGUACGGCCAGAUCUGGGUCCUAAAAUGUACAAUGCCUAUGGUCUGAUCUCCACAGAAGACAGGAAGGUUGGCACCACUAACCUGCAUCUGGACGUAUCUGAUGCAGUCAACGUAAUGGUGUAUGUGGGCAUCCCAGAAGGAGACAGUGACCAUGAAAUCGAAGCAGAUUUCGCUGGAUGCAAAGAGGUGAUGCAGACCAUUGAAGAGGGAGAUGUGGAUGACGUGACUAAGAGAAGAGUCUAUGAGGCAAAGGAGAAACCUGGAGCUCUCUGGCACAUCUACGCCGCCAAAGAUGCAGAGAAGAUCCGUGAGCUCCUGAGAAAGGUUGGGGAGGAACAAGGUCAAGAGAACCCACCAGACCAUGAUCCAAUCCAUGACCAGAGCUGGUACCUGGAUCAGACGCUGCGUCGCCGGCUGUAUGAGGAGUACGGGGUCCAAGGCUGGUCCAUUGUGCAGUUUUUGGGAGAUGCUGUGUUCAUCCCAGCUGGUGCGCCACAUCAGGUGCACAACCUGUACAGCUGUAUCAAGGUCGCAGAGGACUUUGUUUCUCCCGAGCACGUGAAGCACUGUUUUAGACUGACGCAGGAGUUCCGCCACCUGUCCACCACUCACACUAACCAUGAGGACAAGCUACAGGUGAAGAACAUCAUCUACCAUGCCGUGAAGGAUGCUGUGGGAACAUUAAAAGCCCAUGAGCCUAAACUAGGCCGCUCUUAGUUGUUGUACUGAUGGUGAAGUCACCGAGAGAUUGGGUCUUGGGGUGGGUGAGAUUUGGGUUUGGAUGAGGCCAGUGUGCUUGCCAAACAAGCUGUUUAUAAUGGAACGUCUCUGCGUUUUGGUAGGAUGAAGAUGCUGCUUCAUCAGUGUUACAAGAGCAUUGUUUAGUUUUACAGUCCAUUUCUCUGUAUUUAAAAAGUCUGUUCUUUUUCUCAGCAUUUAAAAUUUGUUGGACUGUUCAGAGUGCUGGUGAUAUAAGCUGACAUGAAUCUUUUAAAAGGCCUUCACCAAGGUUUCUUUAUGACUUCUGUGAAAAGCACUGGGUUUCCUUCUUAGAGAACAUACAUUUUGUGCUCUUUAGAAAAGGAGAGCUUUUAGUUAAGAUGGGGGUCAACAGUAAUUAAAUUGAUUAAAAUAUCCCCGCCAACUUUUUCAGGAGGGGUGGAUAAGAGCAUGGAAGGGAACUAGACCAAAGUUUUUUUUAUUUUUAGUUUUAAGUUCAGUUUUUUUUGGUUUUGUUGAUGGAAAACAUGUUCUUUGCUUUUUUUGUAAUACACCAUUAAGGUAAUAUUUCACUGACAGCAAGUGUUAGACUGGCUUUGAGGAACGUCAUUCAAGAAUCAGCAACUCCAGUUCUGCAGAACUACUGGUCAUAAAUAUGUACCAAUAUCUAUAUUGAUCUUAGCAGUGCAUAUGAUUUUUUUUUUCUCUCUCUCUCUCUCAAAAUAAAGGUUUACAAGAAACGA